AUGGGUCAGCAGGGACGUCCAUUACACGAUUUCUUUGGUGCCCUCAGCAUAGUCUCUAUAAAGAUUACACGUAUCGUUAUACUAAAUAUCUAUCUAUCUAUCUAUCUAUCUAUCUAUCUAUCUAUCUAUCUAUCUAUCCUAGAAUGCUCAUAUUUCUCUCUCUUUCUCUCUCUAUCUAUCUUAGCAUGUUCAUAUUUCUCCCUGUGUCUCACUCUCUGUUAUAAAUUUUAUCUACUUUACCUAAUAUCUAUCUAUCUAUCUAUCCAAUGCUCACAUCGCUCUCUCUCUCUCUCUCUCUCUCUCUCUCUGUCUAAGACCAUUUCUUCCCAUCUAUAUUCUCCGGUCGGAAUCUUCUUUCUGGUUGCUGCCAAAGUCGUAGAAGUGGAAUUUCCACAGCUCACAUUCUACCGUUUAUUAAUGUACACCAUCACCGUCCUUGUUGGUCUUCUCGGACAUGGCUUUGUUAUAUUGCCUCUCGUCUACUUUCUUAUGACAAGGAAAAACCCGAUUCCUUUUGUGUAUGGAAUAUCACAAGGGAUUAUUACUGCAUUAUCGACCUCCUCAAGUACAAUUGUUUUUUUUAUCUUUUUUUGUCCUUUUACUUUUUUGUCCUUUUUCUUUUUUGUCCUUUUUCUUUUAUUGGCAUUUUUCUUUUUUGUCCUUUUUCUUUCUUGCCCUUUUUCUUUUUUUUGCCCUUUUUAUUUUUUGACCUUUUUCUUUUUUAUCCUUUUUCUUUUUUGUCCUUUUUCUUUUUUGUCCUUUUUCUUUUUUAAUCUUUUUCAUUUUUGUCCUUUUUCUUUUUUACCCUUUUUCUUUUUUUUUGCCCUUUUUAUUUUUUUAUCCUUUUUCUUUUUUGUCCUUUUUCUUUUUUUGUCUUUUCUCUUUUUUGUCCUUUUUCUUUCUUGCCCUUUUUAUUUUUUUUACCCUUUUUAUUUUUUGCCCUUUUUCUUUUUUGCACUUUUUCAUUUUUGUCCUUUUUCUUCCUAUUUUUCUUAA